AUGCAUGUGGAUACUGUCAAGGCACAGGCACGGGUGCUUGGAGCAAUAGAAGCAUUGGCGCCACUACUUCUCAGAAAUAAUUGGAAAUUCUUGGCACUGGUUGCUGAUAGCCUCUACUUUCUCUUGCUUGAUGAUCCUCAAUCGAAAAUCGUUUUCUUGUCACUCGGCGGACCGCAAACUUUGGUCCACAUCCUCAAUAAUUACUCGCAAUAUCCUAAGCUGAUGUAUACUGUGAUUCGCUGUGUGAGGUCAUUGUCGGUUUGUCAGCAGAACAAGGCAGCGCUCAUCAGUCUAGGAUGCCUUCCUGCGCUAUACAAAGAAAUGUGCUCAGCAACGGAUGAUCGAGUAUUGCUUGCAAUCCUUGUUGCCUUGAGAAAUCUGUCCGACGCAGCUACUAAUGAGGACAAUCUGGCACCAUUGGUUAUCCGAUUACUUGAAAUCGUCCGUGUCGCAGAUGCAGCUCAAACAUCAUGCGCUUGCGGCAUACUGAGUAAUCUGACUUGUAACAAUGUUCGAAACAAGCAGACGCUGUGCACAAAUCACGGUGUGGAAUCUCUAGUGGAAGCUAUCAACCGCUUCCCCGAAGUGGAAGAAGCUACCGAACCUGCUUUAUGUGCUUUGCGCCAUUGCACAGCGAGACAUUCGUACGCUGAGCAGGCUCAACAUGAUCUUCGCCUGUGUCGAAGCUUCCCAAUGCUACUUCAACUGCUGGCUACUCUUCGUGCUCCAGUAAUCAAGGCAGCCCUUGGAGUUAUACGUAACUCAGCUCUUCUGCGGGCCAACCUUAUGGAACUUACACAGGAAGUGACUGAAAGAGGUGAAACUGUCGUAUCGUUGACUGUGGAUAUACUCGGGCGUGCGGCGGCUACAAUUCGUGAAGAUCCUGCAGCAGAGAGUGAUGGAGUACCAAUAUGGGGCGUGGUUGAAGGUGCCGUGUCUGCUCUUCAUCAGUUGGCAUCGCAUCCUGCUGUUGCGGCUCAAUUGUGUGAAGAUCCCGCCUUUUUGACACUCAUAGUGGAGUUCCUCUCGAGGAGCGACGUAUCUGGUGCUGAAGAUGAACUUCUUGAACGUGAAUUGCUCGGUCUCCUCUAUCAGCUCAGCAAGACACCUGAAGGAGCUCGUACCGUUGAAGAGGCUGGUGUCACCCCAAUCUUGGUUGAAGCUAUGCGAUCUGAGCACAAAUCUGUUGCAACGUACGCCUCUGGUGUUUUGAAGAAUCUAGAGAACGACAAGCCUGCACCGUAUAGACAGGAUCUGGAUGCUGAGCUAUCAUCAGGAUGGCAACGAGAUGGACUCGAACCAGAAUUGUUUGGAGAGAUGUAUCCUGUGCACGGAAUGGAGCGUAUGGAUCACUUCCCAACUCCACCCAACAAUAGCAGCUGGUUCGAUACGGAUCUUUGA